AUGAAAUAGAUACUAACAUAAAGUUUUACCCAUGAUGUUCUUCCUACUUUAUUUAGAGAAUAAUCUGAACAACCAAUUCAAGUUUAAAAGCAAUAAGCUUAAAAAGAACAAGGAAAAGACCUCUAUGCCUUAAUAGUUGAUUAGCAAAUGAUUAAAUAAAUAGAAAUAAUUGAAAUAUUUAAAGAGGAAGACCAUGAAUCGAUAUAUAAAAAACAUAUAGUCAAUUAUGUUAUUUAAAUAAAAACUGAUUAUUUUGAUUACACCAUUCCUAAAAGAUAUUCAGAAUUUGAGAAAUUGCAUGAAUAAGUAUAUUAAAAAUAAAGUAAGUUGCACACCUGUUUUAAAAAAAUGCCAAAAUUUCCAUAGAAAACAAUGAUAUAGACAAAUUCAAGAAAAAAUAUAGCUUAAAGAUAAGAAAUGUUGUAAAGUAAGAAUGAUAUAAAUAAUAAGGAUUUUUGCAACAUCUAUUAAAAAAUUUAAAUCAUUCUUUGUAUAUCUUUUUAGAAUUCUUAAAUAUUAAAGGUAUUUAAAAUGAUAGUAUAAAUAAAAAGAAUAAUUUUAAAAAGGGGGUUUCGAUUAAAAUGUAAAGCUACAUCAAUUCAGUAAAGACGAAAAUGCAUUAAAUGAUCUGCUUGAUUCUAGUCCUAAGAAAAUUUAACCUAAGAAUGAACCAGAAUAGAUGAUAAUACAUUAUUUAAAAAAGUUGAAUGAAAAAAUAGAUGAGAGAGGUAAAAUCUUUUAGUAUUAAUUAAAUGAUUAAUUUAAAUUAGAAAAAUGGAGAAAUAUUGUUUUGGUAAAAUCUAAUAGGUAUCAUCAACUAUGUUGAAAGUUUUAUUCAUAGGAGAUGAUGAAAGAUAAUUAGAAGGAAUUAUGCAAGCUUUAUUAAUGCAUAAUAAUGAUAUCUAAACUCAUAUUAGUUGCAUUAAUGGUUUUUAAUUUUUUCGCAAAGUUUUAGAAUAUGAUUAUAAUCAAAGUAAAUGAUAAUGGCUAAGUAGAUGCUGAAUAGGCUCUGAGAUAGUUUGGAGAAAUAACAAUUAAAUAAUUUAGAAAAAUGAAAAUUUAGUCUCAUAUUUGUGGAUAAUAAAAAUUAUGUAAACAAGAUGCACUAAUUCUAUUACAUAAAUAUAUAAAUUAGAAUCAAUUAAAAGAUUAAAUGAUUAAAUACUUGAUUGAUGAUGAUGAAUGUUUAAAAGAAUAUGAAUAUUUUGUAUAGACUCACUUAAAUAAGAUGAUAGAUGAUAUUAAACUAAAUAAAGAUAGUAAUGAAAAUCUCUAAGAACUUUUACCAACUAAAUCUAAUUCAACAGAACAUGCAAUAUUAGAAUAAGAAGCUUCAAUUGAAUAAUUACAAGAAAUAAGUCAAAUGAAUUUAAAUUGGAAAUUUGUCCAAGGUAAAUUUAGUGUUUUAUAUUAUUGUAGAAUAUGAAAAUCAUUCAUUAUAUCAUCUAUCUGGUUAAUUUGUAAAAUCAGUUCACCCUCUUAAUUGCUCUUUAGAGAAAACUAUCUUAUUAUUUACAGAUUAAAAAAUUUAAUGGUAUCAUGGAAUGAUACAAAGAGAUGUUAUACAAAAAUAUGAUGAAUAUAGAAAUUUUAUCGUAGAAUAUUUUAUUUGGGAAGAUAAAUCAACCUUCAAAAAAAUGGCUUUUGUUAGUGAAUAAGAAAUUAUAAGGGUUGAUGACUAUCUCUAUAAAAUUACUAUUAUUCCAAGUACUAAGCCAUUACCAAUUAACUAUAAGAUUAAAUGUGAUGAAUAAGGUAUUAAACAUUUAAAUAUCUAGGAUAAAAGAUGAGUUUGAUGUUUUUAAAAAAGAUUACAGAUAAUUCUACUGAAGCUAUUAUUUAUUAAAAUAUUAUGGAUAAUACAUUUAGAGCAGCUCUAACUCCAGUUAUUUUAAAAGAAAUUCCAUGGUUUAAUCAUACAAUAACUAAAUUAAAAGCUUUAUUAUGA